UUGGUGAAAGUGACCUCCUUAAUGCUUCAACAAAUGGAUGUGAUAUGCUGAUUGAUGGUCGUGCUCCAAGAUGUGGAGAAAUAAUGCGAAUGCCUAAUUUGGCAAGAACGUUUCGAGAAUUGGCGGAAAAAGGAAAAGAUGGAUUCUAUAAAGGUCGAAUUGCUCAAGCCAUUGUUGAGACUGUACAGUCUAAAGGAGGAGUUAUGUCUUUAGAUGAUUUGGCCUCUCACACUUCUACCCGCGUAGAUCCUAUUAGCAUUAAUUAUAAAGAUGUAACCAUAUGGGAAUGUCCGCCCAAUGGACAGGGUAUCACGGCUCUUAUCGCUCUUGGUAUAAUAAAGUCACUUCAAGAAAGUGGUAAAAUAAGAGAUCUUAGCGAAAUGACGCAUAAUUCAGCAGAAUAUUUACAUGUCGUGAUUGAAAGUUUACGAUUGGCAUUUGCGGACUCUACAUAUUAUGUGGCAGAUCCUGACUUUUAUGAUAUGUCGAAACAACUCUUAUCAAAGGACUAUCUUUCGAAACGUGCACAACCUUUUGAUCCUAUAAAAGCGAAUGUUAAUAUUAAUAAAGGGUCACCUGUAAACUCAAGUGACACUGUUUACUUUACCGUGGUUGAUGAAGAAGGAAAUGCGUGUAGCUUUAUUAAUUCGAACUACCAUGGAUUUGGAACUGCGGUAAUUCCAAAUGGUUGUGGCUUCACACUUCAUGCUCGUGGGAAUGGAUUUGUUUUAGAAAAAGGACAUCCUAAUUGUCUUGAACCAUGUAAAAGACCCUAUCAUACUAUUAUACCAGCAAUUGCUACUAGAGGUGAUGAAUUAUGGUUAUCUUUUGGCG